AAUCAACCUUUUUUUCCACUACAUACAACAAUGACAAUCUCGGUUGACACUUUAAAGAAAGAACUCGAGAAUGUUCAGGAUGAAUCUGUCAUUCUUGAUUCAGUAACAUCUUUAAACGACCUUUUAAAAGCUGAUGAAAAAAACUGGGAUUCGGGUACAGAGGCAUGUAAGAGUUUGGCCAAUGUCUUACGUACAGCAUCUGUUCGUACACCAUUAGGUGAAGCAAAUAUUAUCGAAAGUUUAUCAACACUCUUGCAAACCACGUCAGGGCAACAAACGGACUUUCGUUUACAGUCACUUCGAGUCUUGGGAAACUUGUGUUUUGAUAAUGUAAGCAACCGUAAGCGUGUCAAAGAGGCAGGCAUUAUUCCAAUGGUUGCAACAUGGUUUGAAACGGAACGCACCGAUCUGAUCCGUACUAUCUGUGGUUUCUACUUGAACAGCAGCAUGGAUUAUGCACCUAUUCAAAUCGAGAUCGCCGAAUGUGGAGCUGCAGAUAAUCUUCUUAAGUUAGUUAAAUAUGAUGAAGAGGACGAUGGAACAAUUACCAUGACGAUCAAGGUAUUAGAUAGUUUGGCUUCCGAAGACACUGCACGUAAAGUGAUUGCAAAGCCAUCUACUGUGAAGAUCUACCUUGAUACACUCAAAGACUUGUACAAAAGUGGGGAAUAUACCGAUGAUUUGGAUAAUUUAGAAAACCUUGUAGACACUUUACUUCAAAUUAUCAUGGACGAUGAUAAUCUUCAAAACGAAAUUAUCGAUCUUGGAAAAUUGAAUUUCUUGUUGGACUUUUUGGAGAAUACGGACUUGUUGAUUAGUGACAAAGAAGAAAAGGAAAGAUUAGAAGAAGUGCGCAAGACCGUAAGCAAGAUUGCCAUUUAUGCCACAUCUACAGAUUCCAAGAUGGAUGAGCUCUAUGACAAUCAAGAAGUUUUAUCGAGAUUUUUAAAUAUGGCCAGCAGUGAGAAUGAGGUCGUUCAUCAAUGCGCCGCUUAUGCGCUUGGAAAUCUUGCUAGAUCAGAUCAACAUUGUAUUGAGUUGGUAGAAAAGUAUAACUUAUCAAAGUUGUUAUUGGAUUUAUAUCAGAACACCGAAAAUGCUACAUUCCAAUAUGCUAUUUUGGGCUGCUUGAAGCAUUUGUGUCUUCCCGUUCCAAACAAGGCAAAAAUUGGACAAGAUGAUUGUAUUCGUAUUCUUACGCCAGCUCUUGAUGAGUCUAAGGAUAUGCUCAAGAGAAACCAGUUCCUUACUAUUGGUAUCAUUAAAUUAUUAUGUGCCGGAAAUUAUGAAAACGCUGUCAAAGUUAUUCAAGAAAACGCAUUUACAUCAGUGGUUGCAUUUAUCAAGCGUGUAGACGAUGUAGCCGCUAAAAGUGAGGCAACUCGUGUGUUGACAAAUUUAAUUAAAACCAUUUGGGUCGAAAAGGAUAACCUUGACAUUAGAAAUCAAGUGAUUGAAGCACAUAUUAUUGAGCCUAUUAUUGAAUUAAUCCGUACUUCAACACAUCCCGUGUUAAAGAAUGACGGCAUUAUGGCUCUGACUUUAAUAUUCUCGGAUCCCGAAUCAAAAUCCAUUUUAGACAAAGCGCUUCCUUUAGUUAUUGCCGACCCACCUGUUAUUGAUAUCAACGAAUCCGUUCAAAACGAAGAUGAGCCCCAGCAAGCUCCUCAAAAGCCCGAACUUCGGUCAUUUUUACAGGUUCUCGUUGAUAACAUCUGUUCAGAGAAGACUGAUAUGCCAGUUCAAAUCAAAUGCAAUAUGUGUGUAUUACUUAUAAAGAUCAUUACUGCUGCUAAUUCAGUGGAAGGACAUGAAAAUAUAAUCACAACUAUUCGAUCAUUGGCUUUGGAACGACUUGAAAGUGUGGAGGAGGACAAUGAAGAAUUGUACAAGUAUUCACAUGCAUUGGCAAAGGCGUUGAGUCAGUAAGAUCACUCCGCUUUGUCACAUAUUAAUAAAUACCUUUUGUUUUCAUUUUUUUAUAUAAAAAAAUGCCUUUUUAUAAUGAUUGUUGUGCUGUGCCAAAUUGGUGUAAAUCAUAACAAUUCAUUGACGCAUUAGGCAAUUUGCUAGAAAAUAAACUCAGC